AGAAGAAGAAGAAGAAGAAGAAGAAGAAGAAGAAGAAGGCGGUAGAAGAAGAGAUAAACAAAGCAAGACGGUUGUUAAUGCUGGUUAAGAAGUUAAUAAAAGUUGAGCACAUGCUCACCGUGGAUCAUACUUUGUUUAAUGACUGAGUUCAUAAACAACACAUCCAGCUUCAAGGAGAGUUUAUCAGCGAGCAGUUAACUCCUGCUGAAGAAACAUUCACGGAGUUUAAAGGGAGUUUGGUCAAUUCGGAGGAAAAGAUGGACGACCAACAUCUACUGCUGGAUUUCACCAGGAUCCCCCAGAUCAUCUUACACCGGAUAGAUGUUCAUGAGGAAUGCAAAAAUGAAGCCGUUGAUGAGGAGCAGAAAGACCGCCUCCAGGAUUAUGUCGGAAAAGAGGAGGAUUUCUCUGACCAGCAGCUCUGUGGACAGGAGAGGAAAUCCAUUUUGGACCAAGAGGAAUCGGAACAUCCGCAGAUAAAAGAAGAGCAUCAAAAGCCAGAACGUCCCUGUACAAAAGAGGAAACCAUGGAGCUCCCCAUAAGUGAGCAGAAAGAGCAGCUUGUUCUUAAGCAGAAGAUUAAAGAUACAAGACAGAAAUCUUUCCCAUGUUUGACAUGUGGAGAAAACUUUCUUAAAAAAAAGCAUUUAAUGGUUCACAUGAGAACUCACACAGGUCAGAAGUUUUAUUGUCUGUCCUGUGGAAAAUUUUUCACAAAGAAAUCUAGACUUGAUAGACAUAUGAUAAUUCACACAGGUGAGAAGCCUUUUUCCUGUACCAUUUGUAACAAGAAUUUCACUCGAAAAAGUGAUUUGACUACUCACAUGAGAAUUCACACAAGUGAGAAGCCUUUUGAAUGUCUGUCCUGUGGAAAAAGUUUCACUAACAAAUCUCAUCUUGUUACACACAUCAGAAUUCACAGUGGUGAGAAGCCUUUUUCCUGUACCAUUUGUAACAAUAAAUUUACUCAAAAGAGUUAUUUGACUACUCACAUGAGAAUUCACACAGGUGAGAAGCCUUUUGAAUGUCCGUCCUGUGGAAAAACUUUCACUAACAAAUCCAAUCUUGAUACACACAUCAGAAUUCACACAGGUGAGAAGCCUUUUGAAUGUCCAUCCUGUGGAAAAACUUUCACUAACAAAUCCAAUCUUGAUACACACAUCAGAAUUCACACAGGUGAGAAGCCUUUUGAAUGUCCAUCCUGUGGAAAAACUUUCACUAACAAAUCUCAUCUUGUUACACACAUCAGAAUUCACACAGGUGAGAAGCCUUUUGAAUGUCCGUCCUGUGGAAAAACUUUCACUAACAAAUCCAAUCUUGAUACACACAUCAGAAUUCACACAGGUGAGAAGCCUUUUGAAUGUCGGUCCUGUGGAAAAAGCUUCUCUGACAAAUCACAUCUUUAUAAACACAUCAAAGUUCACACUGGUGUGAAGCCUUUUAAAUGUCCGUCCUGUGGAAAAAGCUUCACUAAAAAAUCUCAUCUUGAUAGACACAUCAGAAUUCACAGUGGUGAGAAACCUUUUUCCUGUACCAUUUGUAACAAUAAAUUUACUCAAAAGAGUAAUUUGACUACUCACAUGAGAAUUCACACAGGUGAGAAGCCUUUUGAAUGUCCGUCCUGUGGAAAAACUUUCACUAACAAAUCUUAUCUUAAUACACACAUCAGAAUUCAUACAGGUGUGAAGCCUUUUGAAUGUCCGUCCUGUGGAAAAAGCUUUGCUAACAAAUCUGAUUUUGAUAAACACAUCAGAAUUCACAGUGGUGAGAAGCCUUUUUCCUGUACCAUUUGUAACAAUAAAUUUACUCAAAAGAGUAAUUUGACUUCUCACAUGAGAAUUCACACAGGUGAGAAGCCUUUUUCCUGUACCAUUUGUAGCAAAAAAUUUACUCAAAAGAGUAAUUUGACUACUCACAUGAGAAUUCACACAGUUAAGAAGCCUUUUGAAUGUCCGUCCUGUGGAAAAAGUUUCACUAACAAAUCUCAUCUUGAUAUACACAUCAGAAUUCACAGUGGUGAGAAGCCUUUUUCCUGUCCCAUUUGUAACAAUAAAUUUACUCAAAAGAUUCAUUUGACUUCUCACAUGAGAAUUCACACAAGUGAGAAGCCUUUUGAAUGUCCCUCCUGUGGAAAAACUUUCACUAACAAAUCUCAUCUUGUUACACACUUGAGAAUUCAUACUCAUGAGAAGCCUUUUGAAUAAGUCACAGCAGUUAGAUGCCACAGGAAUGAACAGUAGAGGUGUUUACCAUGUUUGACUGGUGAUAAAAUGUCCAUCUAGAAACUCUUUCACCUCAUUACAUAAGAAACUCACGGGUUAAUGACCUUUUUUUAGGCCAGUUUUGAGAAAGCCAUUAAUUAACAACUGUGUAUACAUAGAAACCAGAACAGAUAAGCUGUUAUAUAGUAAUCUGGUACUCAUUUAUCUAAGCAAUUGAUAUGUUUAAAUAGAAAAAAAAAAUCAAGGCAGACCCAUACUGUGCAACUUUGGUAUGGUGUUUCACAUCUUUUUCUGAAUGAAUUUA